GCUUUGCAAUCAAAACAUGUUACGCUACAUGUGAGCCCCUGCUGCCGCCCCCCGCGUAUCAUCGCCCAUAGUACAGCACAGUAUUGACACGACUAAUGUACCACGCCCAAUGCCUCUAGCACGCCUGCGAACCGCCCAUGUCAUGCAAUCGCCUAGCCUGCUCGCCUAUCUUGGGCUAUCUCGGGCCAUCUUGACCGUCAUAUCCGUCCACCACCAUACAAGAGCCACUCUCGGCCGGAAGCACACGGCUCACUGGGCUCCGGUUUGAAGACUUUGUCAUGGCAUGCAUGGCCUUUGGUAGAUAAGCACUAUCCCACACGGUUGGUCCAAAUGCAUGCAUACUUCAUCAGUAUGCUGUGAGCUACAGAUGCUGACAUGGAACUACUGCUGUCGAGAUGCCCACAUAGAUCAUCAGCCAAUGCAGUAGAACGGGGCAAAAGCACCACAAUGGAUACCACGCUUCUCAUACGCCUUGACCACACUGCGUCAAGGCUAGUUUCUUGGAUCAAAACAUGCACGUCACAUAGUACCGUACAGGCAUCCCACUACAAACGCAUGAACCUAGCGU